AGUAGGAGAAAAAAAGUCGAAGUAAGUGGGAGCGUUUAAUAUAGGUUUUCUUGUAGAAUCAUAAAAAAAAUCGAUUAAAAAGCCUAUUUCAUUAAUUUAAUCACCUGUGUACUAAAAGAGUUAAAAAAAUCUUGUUUCUACUGAAAAAGCGAUAUAAUUUGCGCUUAUUAACAAACGUUCAAAGUGUGUAUCGCUUGCCAUUUACGUCAGCAGUGACGCUGGCAAAGUCAAAGAGCUUUUAGCGCCGGGCCACCCAUCCAAUCAAGAACAUGGUUAAUUUUUGCUUUCUCUGCCACUGCGAAAUACAUUGAUUAAAUAAAUAUAAUAUUUAAGUGUCUUUGUUGUUCGUUUAUGUUUAAAAAUAAAUCAGACGCGGACGGGCAAUAACAAAUCAAAACUAAAAUUGGCCUUGUAGCGGACCACAAAAACAAUUUAAAAUUGAAUUUGGCUUAUUUUUUUUUUUUAACUUUCUCAAGAAAAAUUAAAAUAAACAACCAGCCUUGCAGUGCGGAAUAUAUGUACAUAUGUAUGUACGUACACAUAAAUCAAGUAAGACUGAAAAUCCGGAAAGUUAAUCGAUAAUGUACAUGGGCGACUGAGAUUUGUGAGCAAUCGUGCUCUAAUGCUUCCUUUAAACAAAAAGUGGACCGGGUAGCACAGCGCAUUUGCCAAUUUUUUCAACCAAACUAAACACAAUGAAUUAUGAAAGCGUUUAUAUGUACAUCUGCGUUGUAAAUUUAGCACGUAUCCGCAUUUUGUUAAUUACUUUGGGCUGUGUCACAUUUCAUUUGAAGUGAAUACGAGCGUUACGGGCCAUUUGAAAGGUUUAGUUGCUUACAGUCGCGUAAAAAACUUAACUUACGAAAUAUUCUUUGCUUGUCGCAAUUGGACUCACAAAUUGAAGCAGCGCUUUUUCGGAAUAAAUUAGCAAAUUUAUUUUUGAACUGUGAUAUAAUAACACGUGUAAAGCAGAAAUUGUAAUAUUCUCACACAUACAAUUAUCGACACCCUCUUCUUAAAGAAAUUUAAAAUACCAACAAACACGCCAAAAGAUGUCACAAAAUCAGUCAUACUUUUGGCAAACCACCAAACAUAAUGUUUAUCUCAAACGUUCCGCCAGAUUGCAAAUGCUCAUAGCAUUAAUGGCCGUAUUGACAUUCUCCACCAUAUGUCAGGCGGAGGUAGCACGCAGAGAAAUAGAUGAAAGUGUUGCAACACUAGGUGUACCAAGCGCCUUCCCCGAUGACACGCAAUUUAUGAAAGAUGCCGUAAAUGGAAAUGCAGACAAUGAAUUGAAUGAAAGUGAUGCCACCAAGGAAACUAAAACUAAUUCCGGUUUUAUCGAUGCGUUCUCCGCAUCGAUAUCAGUAAUAUUAUUUACUGAAUUAGGUGAUAAGACUUUCUUCAUUGCUGCCAUAAUGGCGAUGCGCCAUCCGCGCCUAAUCGUCUUUGCUGGCGCCAUAUCAGCGCUGGCGCUGAUGACCGUACUCUCGGUGGUGUUCGGCAUGGCAGCUACCAUUAUUCCUAAGAUUUAUACAUACUACAUUUCAACGGCGUUGUUUGCCAUAUUCGGCUUGAAAAUGAUCUAUGAAGGUUAUUUCAUGAAGGACAGCGAUGCGCAGGAGGAAUUUGAGGAGGUGCAAUCGACUUUGCGUAAACGUGAAGAUGAGUUGAUGCGUAAGAAGCACGGCAAAUACGAUGAUGCCGAUGCCAAGCGCAAAAACAGCAACUCAGACAAAGAAGAUGAGGGUCUAGAGCGUGGCGCUGGCGUCACCACCACCAUCAGCAGCGGCUGCACCCCCACCACCGCCACCACCAUCGCUGUCGUCACACAAAACACAAAUCCCGAAAUGUCGCAUCGACAACGCAAACACAAUAAUAAUCAUUUAAAAAAUACUAAUAAUAAAAAUGGCUGUGAUGUUAACAAGGACGGCGCUGAUUCGGACAAUAGCAGUUGCCAUGAAAACGAUAUCUUCCUAAAUGGUGUGAAUGGUGGUGUUGGUGUUGGUGAUGUUACCAUUAUUGGUGGUGAUAGCUUGAAAAGAUCCAACUUCCACAGCAGUCCUGCACUGUCGGCGUCCGUGCUUUCGAAUCAAACCGAACAAACGAAUUGUGAUGAAUUUACUAAUAGUCCAAAUAAGCUUAAUUUUAAUUCCCAAAAUGAUAGCGGCAACGACGAUAAUGCUAUUAAUGGCAUUGACGCUGACGUUGAAGAUGAUGAUGAUGAUGAUGUUGCGACCGUCGAUAGUGGUCAUGGUGGCACACCGAUACAUGGCAAACGUGGAAAACAACAACUCACAAAAUCAGGCACCAGUAAUAGUAUAACUAGUUUGAAUAGUCUCAACUUAAACUCAAACGGCAGCUUUGGCAGCGGCGGCGUAGUGACGGUUGUAGGCGGUGGCGUCGUCGGUGGACAGCCGAAUGGCGAGUUGAAGCAACUCGGUGGCAGCAAGAAGCGG